CUAGUGCAGACCCGUGGGAUAUUCUUGGAGCCGAAUCACCGACGAAUGCUGUUCACACCCAGACGACGUUGAUUCAUUGCAACAGCAAAAAUGAACCAGCAAUGCAAGGUGUGCGGCGAGCCAGCGGCCGGCUUCCACUUCGGCGCGUUCACCUGCGAGGGCUGCAAGUCCUUCUUCGGCCGCUCGUACAACAACAUGAACAGCAUCGCCGACUGCAAGAACGAAGGCAAGUGUGUGAUCAACAAGAAGAAUCGAACCUCGUGCAAGGCCUGCCGCCUGAAGAAGUGCUUCUACGUCGGCAUGUCUAAAUCCGGCUCGCGAUACGGUCGCAGGUCGAACUGGUUCAAGAUUCACUGUCUCCUGCAGGAGCAACAGCAGCAGCAGCAGCAGCUGGAGCAGCAACAGCAACAGCAGCAGCAACACCACUACCAGUCCACUCUUCUCGGUCGGCAGCACCAGCUGUCGCAGCAGCAGCAGCAACAACAACAGCAGCAACAGCAGCAAUCAACCAACUCGCCCAUCCAUGGCAUCCACGGUAGCCAACGCAAGGAUGAGACGAUGAUGCUCGGGCUGGACGAUUACAAGAACUCCAGCUCGCCCAGCAUCAGCUCGCCCGAGUCUCACAACAGCGACAGCUCAGUCGAAGUGUCGGAGAGGAGAGCCGCGUUCGCCGGGCACUCCAACUUCCGGCCGCCGCAUCCGCACUUGCAACUGCAGCAACCGAUGAGCGACCUGUCCGUCCUGAGCAAAGAGAUGAUAGGGCUGCCGUUGAGCUUCCCUCUGGGCGGCAUGCCAAUACUGCCGUCCAACUUCCUGUCGCCCCCGAGUCUGACCAUGUUCUCACCCUAUCUGUACGCGGCGCAACAUGUUACGAGCCAUCCCCUCGUGCCGAAUCAUACUUCCGGCAUGCUACGGCGCUCGCCGGCGAUCGAUGAGAUGACCACGACGGCUGCCGCCGCGACGGCGACCGUCACGACCGCCACGGCCACGACGGCCGCGUCGAGAGUCUCCGUCUCGUCCGAUGAGAACGAUGCCCGCGAGAGGAACAACAACGAGCGGUUCUACCUGGACACGCGGUUCAAGAAACUUCAAGGGCCACUCUCGCCCGAAAGGUCGCCGACGAGGAGGCGGACUUCCGACGACGAGGGUCUGUUCGAGUGCAGCCCGGAACGGGAAGUCACGGAUCUGCCACCGCAGGACAAUCCGAUGGACCUCUCGAUGAAGUCCGCUGUUGAUGUUGCGAGCCCCGCGUGCGAUCGCUCGCAACAGGAUGACGAGAUGGAUGCGGAAAGUGUCAGCGACGUGGAAGUCACACCCCCGAAGAAACCGAUGGACCUGACGACGAGGUCUAAAGAAGCGGACGAAAGCGGCUGCGGAGGCACAGGGACAUCCUGAAGUUGGAACUUCAUGACGAGUUAAAUGUAUCAGCGUGUCAGGUCACACGCAUGAAGCGAUGUACAAUCGUAGGAUAUAAUGGAAAGGGGAGCGAGCAGAUUCGCCAAACGGGAAAUCAUUUGGCUCAGCUUGCUAACUGGUUAGCUAAUUUAUUAGCAAAGUUUUUUGCUAAUUUUUCUUCUAGUUUAGCGAAUCUGUUUGCUAUUUUUGUUAUGUAACUGAUAGUGAGAGAGUAACAGUUAAUCGAAUAAGUUAUUGCGUUUAUUGACGCGUUGUUUGUUGAACUUUUAGUUAAUCACGGCAUGAUUAUGUGUUUUCACAUCCAGAUAGAUUAGUGCACGACAGACCAAAAUCAGCACAAAAAACUCGAAUCGCUAUGAAGUAUCUUUAUCACGUUACUCAUCGCGUACCUAUAUUUUUACUUUUCUGGAUUGCUUCUCUCGCCACGUGGGUUUUUUUUGUCUUUGCCAAAACGAUGAAAAAUUAUCACGACAAAAUAAAUCGUUCUUUUGUUGCAUAAGUUUUGCGAAUGUGACAAGUGUAGCUUUCUCGCGUGGAAAGUUUAUUCAUGCAUGCGUAAUUGUUGGAGAAAGGCUACGAAAGAACGAUUAGCUUAGGGACACAUGUAAUAUAGAAUAAUUUGGUAAUUGUUAAAAAAUAAUUGCUGAAAAAUUAUUAAAAUGUUGCGUCCUCCUAUACAUACGCGGAAUGUACAAGUCACCACUGAGAGAAUCUACGAAAGAAAAGAAAAGAAAAUCAGGAUAUUUAAAUAAGAAGUUCUUAUAAAGAACUGUCUGAGUAUUCGCGAGGAAUACGAAAACUUUGUGAUAUGUAAACAAAUAUGUGUAAAAGUGAUAAUGAUAAACGUGUCGUAUAUUUAAAUAAUAGUUUCUGAUAGGUCCACCGUGCAUAUAGACGAUAUAUACAUGUUGCAUAAAUUAGAAAAAUGAACUAGAUAUAAAAUAUAACAUUUUUGCACGUACCAAUAGUUAAAAAGCGCGGAAUAGUGUAUUUUAUUUAAUUGUAUUAUAUAUUGACGAAACCGAGAUAUCCCAUUGUAUCAGGCUACGACAUCUAAAUUGAGAUGCU